UUUGUUCAUGGCCUCAAACAGUUGGUCACACACCACCUAUAUAAUAACCAUAAAGCCCACCCCCUCCUCUCUCCCCUUCCACCACCACCACUCCCGCCGCCGCCGCCGCCGGAAAAAUGGGUGGUUUUUGCCUCAAGAAAAUCACAUUCACGAUCGUCGUCGUGCUUCUCGUGUGGUGCUCCGACGUCGACACUUGCAAUGCAAGAAGAGCUGGCAAGCACUGGCGGCGGAGUCAGAACUCCGCCGCCUCGCUGUCCAAGAAGAAAGGCCGGAGCCACAGCUCCGGCCACCGCAAUGCCGGCAAACCGAAACCGAAGACUCCUCCUCCGCCGCCGCCGCCCACAAUUCCGCCGCCCAAGAAAGGUGGUGGGAAUGCAGCCGGUUCAACAGUGUUUAAUGUGCUGAAUUUUGGAGCUAAAGGUGAUGGGAAAUCAGAUGAUACAAAGGCAUUUCAAGCUGCCUGGGCUGCUGCUUGUAAGGUCGAAGCUUCAAUCAUUAAUGUCCCAGAAAAAUACGUCUUUUUGGUGGGGCCCAUCUCGUUUUCCGGUCCAUACUGCCAGCACGACAUCGUUUUUCAGUUAGAUGGCACGAUUGUUGCCCCCACGGGCUCGAGCCACUGGGGCUCAGGGCUUCUCCAAUGGCUCGAGUUCACUAAGCUGGUCGGGCUCACGAUCAAGGGAAGUGGCGUGAUCGACGGGAACGGCGCCGUUUGGUGGCAGAGCGUUGAUGAUCAUGAUCCCUUUGAUGAUCAGGCCAAGCUGAUCUUCCCAACCAACCUCACAUUCGGACAAAAACCUCCAGCUCCGGUGAGUAGCUCACUUGGUGGGAAGAUGCCAAGCAUCAAACCAACUGCGCUUAGAUUCUAUGGGAGUUUCAACGUGACGGUGAGUGGCAUAACGAUCCAAAACAGCCCUCAGUGCCACCUGAAGUUCGACAACUGCAUUGGAGUCGCGGUGUACAACUUCAGCGUCUCCUCGCCUGCAGACAGCCCCAACACCGAUGGCAUUCAUCUGCAGAACUCCAAAGACGUGCUGAUCCGCAGCUCAACCCUCGCUUGUGGGGAUGACUGCGUGUCCAUACAAACCGGAUGCACGAACGUAUACAUACACAACGUGAACUGUGGGCCGGGGCACGGGAUCAGCAUCGGGGGGCUGGGGAAGGACAACACCAAGGCCUGCGUGUCGAACAUCACUGUCAGAGACGUCGUGAUGCACAACACGAUGAAUGGAGUCCGGAUCAAGACGUGGCAGGGCGGGUCGGGGUCCGUGCAGGGCGUGCAGUUCUCGAACAUCCAAGUCUCCGAGGUGCAGCUGCCCAUAGUCAUCGACCAGUUCUACUGCGACAAGAGCUCGUGCAGGAACCAGUCCUCCGCGGUGGCCCUGUCCGGGAUCAACUACGAGAACAUACGUGGGACCUACACAAUUAAACCCGUGCACUUUGCCUGCAGCGACCACAUGCCCUGCACGGACGUUACCCUAACCAACAUUCAGCUGAGGCCACAGCCGGAGCGCUACCACAUGUAUAGCCCCUUCUGCUGGCAGGCCUUCGGGCAGCUCUACUCCCCGAUGGUCCCUCCGGUCGAGUGCCUCCAGGUCGGGAAGCCGUCGAGCAACAAGAUUCAAGGGGAUCAUGAUUCUUGCUAGGUAUAUUGGUCCAUGACAUUUUGAGAUGUUUCUUUCUUGCUAUGUAUAGUGAUGGAGUUUACUAUAUAUAUUUGGUGGUGUAUUCUUUUGUGUGGUCGGCGUGCUCGGGCUGGCCCCUUUUAGCACCAUUAGUUAGUCAUCAAGAAUAUUUUUAGCAAAUAUUAGAUGAUAUAUAAUUAUCAAUAAUUUGUUUACUAAGAUAGUGAGGUUACAUGAGGUUUCUCCAUAGUGUGAAAAGUGUAUGAAAGUUUGUUUGAGAAAA